AUGUCUUACUCCCAACCAUACAGGCCGCGCCCGCAACGCCCCGAUAGGACUCCCAGCACCGACAAUGCCAUUCCAUUCCCGCCUGGCGCCCCCACUGCUGCACCCUACUCGCCGCAGCAGUAUCCUCCGCAACCGUACUCGCCACAGCCGUACUCGCCGCAGCCGUAUUCACAACCCUAUUCACCACAGCCUCGCAUUCCCUUCAGUCCGGAAUCGCCUCGCCCGGGCUCCUCCGCAUCUCAUCGCCCACGCCCUGGACCCGGUCCCUACCAGUACCCGUCACGGACCGGCACUGCUUCGCCGCAGCAGGCCUAUCGCCCGCCCACAGCCUCCUCGUAUCGCUCAAACACCUACGGCAGCCCGGCCCCAGCCUCUCCGCACCGUCCCGAUUACCAGCGAAGCGCAGCAACAUCACCUCGUCUCGACAACCGCCCAGGAACCGCCUCUUCCUCGCGGAGCCCGCACCCCUCCUUCGGCCCGCAGCAACCCUUCAGCAGUCCCGGCUUCGCCAACGAUGGAACCCCGUCCCCGCUCUCGCAGGCAACCACCCAAGUCGACCUCCACGACGUAGCGCUCGGGCCGCCCCAAGAAGCCCCCAAGCAGCUCGACCGACCACCGACCCUCCCCCCAGCACCCCCAGGCGUUCCCGCCCCAACCACGCACUCCCGCUUCUCGGACGCUUCGGCCGCCAAUGCCCUCGCCGCCUCGCGCUUCAGGUCGCCCGACCAGUACAGCUGGCCGCGGAUGGCCCAGUGGACGCUGUUGCCGCUGAUCCUCAUGAUAUCGGGCGCCGUGGCCAUCCUGAUGGGCCACAGCCUCAGCCUGUACGGCGGCCUGAAGGUCGACGGCACCAUCGACAACACGGUCAGCACGCACCCCGUUUGGCCGUCCGACUUGAGCUUGCUGCCCUCGUGGCUGCUGCUGGCUGUCGGCUUCACCAGCUUCUGCUGCUCCAUCAUCGUGUGGGGCCUCAGCCUGCGCGAGCGCUUCAUGAAGCCCGUCAAGCGCCUCGCCGGCGUGCGCGUCGGCAUGGGCAUCUUCUUCGUCGGCGCGUGGAUCGCCGCGUUGGCCGUGUACAAGCUGUUCGAGACGGGUGCUGGAGGCGAUAGCUUGAGCGCGUAUGCGUGCGAGCACGCAUCGGACAAUGUUACCGGCGCGUCUGAGAUUGCGAGGGUCUGCACCGAGCAGAACGCGGGAUUCGCCCUGGCCAUUGCUUCGGCGAUCCUCGAGCUCGCAUUGAUCGGUUGCUUUGCCAUCCGGACCCUCAAUGCCAAAAAGGACAACGCUUUGAGUGAGAAGCUGUAG